AUGUCUGCACGUGCUCUAUUUAAACAGCAUUUUAAGCUUAAAAAUAAGCCUCCCACUCGCUGCUUUUCCAGCAGCCAACCCACCAAUGCGGACUUCACCCAUGCGGUAAUUGGCGCAGGCGUCGUCGGCCUAGCGACCGCGCGGCAACUUGCAGCUCGCGAAGGCACCUCAACCAUUCUACUAGAGCGACAUGACGCACCAGGGACAGAGACGAGCAGUCGCAAUUCCGAGGUAAUUCACGCAGGCCUCUAUUACCCAGCAGCCUCCCUCAAAACCAACCUCUGCAUCCGCGGCCGCAACCUCCUUUACGACCUAUGCGCACAAAACAACAUCCCCCACCGCAAUACGAAGAAAUGGAUUGUGGCGCAAAACCCCACACAAUGGGAAGCCUGUCUAAAAGUGCACGCGCACGCACAAGGGCUAGGUGACGCGCCGACGCGGCUAGUGGGCCGCGACGAAGCGCAGCGACGCGAACCAGACGUAAAGGCAGACGCAGGCAUCGUCGAGAGCGAGACAUCCGGCAUCGUGGACAGUCACUCGCUGAUGACUUAUUUACAGGGCGACUUUGAGGACCGCGGAGGCGAUGUUGCGUUUAAGACGCGCGUGACAGCCGUGGAGGCUAUCGACGGCGGCCGCGGCGGGUAUAAGAUUACUGCUGUCUCGGAUGAGGAUGGCUCGGUUACUUCUAUUACCGCUGAGACACUGGUUAAUAGUGCCGGUCAUGGCGCAUGCGAUAUCAGCAACAUGCUCCUCCCGCAAAAGCGCCAUGUUGUUCCGCAUUAUGCUAAGGGCACGUACUUCUCGUAUGCGGCGUCUAGGCCCAGAACUUCGGUUUUGGUUUAUCCGGCGACUUUGCCGGGUACUGGUGGGCUGGGUACGCAUCUGACGCUUGAUAUGGGCGGGCGCGUUCGUUUUGGGCCGGAUGUUGAGUGGGUGGAUAGUCCUGAUGAUUUAGCGCCGAGCGCUGCGCGUUUGGAGCGGGCGUUGCCGGAGAUUAAGGCUUAUCUGCCUGGUGUCGAUGUCAAUGCUAUUGCGUUGGACUACUGCGGUAUUCGCCCUAAAUUGGGGAGGGGCGGUGCUGUUAAUGAGGGUAAGGGGUUCCAGGACUUUAUCAUCCGGGAAGAAGAGGGUCUGCCUGGGUUUAUCAAUUUGUUGGGAAUUGAGAGCCCGGGCUUGACCAGUUGUUUGGCGAUUGGUGAGAUGGUUAAUGGUAUCUUGUACCCACCCAAAUCCACCAACUCCAACUCAUCCCCAAAAAGGAUGACCUCCCUUCUCACGACCCUAGGCCUACGCGCCUCUCUCAGCAACACCCCAAACUACGGCCCCAUAUUCCUAACAUUCAACUUCGCCCUCGGCUACGGCCUCCUCUCCUCUCGCACCCUAAAACAAUGGUACGGCCUCGACCACCAAGUCUCGCCACGCGAAGACCUGACCAAAUACGGUGAGGCCGCUGUGCGCGAAGGCAAGAUCACGCGCAGGCAGCUGGACAUGCUCAAGCGUAAUGAGUCGGCGCAUGCUAACGCGGUGGAGAAUUUCCCAUUGCUGGUUGCCGGUGUGCUCUUUGCAUCGCUGGCUGGUGUCCCCGCGCAGAAAAUUAAUGCUGCGGCCUUAUCGUAUACUGUUGCGCGCAUUGUUUAUGGCGCUGUUUAUAUUCUUGUGGACCAUCCUAAUUGGAGUCAGGUUAGGGGGUUGGUGUGGUGGUGGGGGAAUUCGAGUUGUCUUUUCCUGUUAUGGAAGGCUGCGGAAUUGUUGGCUUGA